CGCAGGGGCCUCCACAUGUGGUCUGACUGCCCACGCCAGACCUCAGUCCAACAACCAUCCCCGCUCUGGACCGGCUCUCAGCUGCUCCAAGAUACCCAGGAUGCCUCUGGGCCAAAUGGUGAUUCUCAGGGAACUGCGGAGAGUGUACGGAAGCAGCUGCGGAGUGAAGCGUUUGCCCAGCAGCAGUUGGAGGCUCUGGAACGCGUCUUUGAGCGGCAACACUAUUCAGAUGUCUUCAACGCUGGCGAACAUAUCAAAUCAGAACAGGCUAAUGAGUAUUCCCUCUCUGCCCUGGCCUCUGGAUUGGAAGAUGUCAAAAGCAGCCUCUCAGCCGCAGCCACUCCUGACCUUGGGACCAACGUUUCAGGACCCCAGAGCUAUCCUGUUGUGACAGGCCGUGAUAUGGCAAGUACAACUUUACCUGGGUACCCUCCACAUGUCCCACCGACUGGGCAGGGCAGCUACUCCACCUCCACACUGGCUGGCAUGGUACCAGGCAGUGAAUUUUCGGGAAACCCUUACACUCAUCCACAAUACACAACCUACAAUGAAGCCUGGCGUUUCACUAACCCGGGAUUACUAAUGCCGCAUCCAGGGGUGCUGCACCCCCCACUGCUGCCACUGCCUAUGACCGCCACUAGUUACUAUGGCAACCACAUGAAACUGCAAGAUGAAUCUCUCGGGCUCCACAUUGUACCAGUCUGAUCAAUUUCAACAGUUGGGAUGAAGAACUGGAAAACUUAGAAAACAAAAUUGUUAAUCUGUGAGAGUGGUGGAAGGACAGAUAAUUGGACAUCUACUCUGAGCAACGUGGAACACUCUGACUUUGGCUGUUUCUCCUUCAAACUAUGGUGCCAUUGGUAUAUUUAAACUUUUGGCUUUAUUUCCCAUUUCAGCCCCAUUGGUUCCUAUUGACUGGACUGAAAAAAAAAGAUAAAGAGAAGGAAACAAAAUAGCUCAUAUAUAGAUAUAUAUAUAUGCGUAUAUCGUAAUGA